AUGCUAUGUAGUGUGAGUCCAGUAUGGUAUAAUAUCCUUCGAAGACCCCAUCUAAGAAAUAAAUAUGAACUAACGGGUGCUCAUGACGUAGACCAAACCUGGAUUUCGGAAAUACGCUACAACAAUCAAAGCUACAACAAACAAAAAUAUGGAAAAGUAGUACCAAGAUUUCGUACAGAAUCAUGGACACAAACAGACUAUUUAUCACUAUUAAACAGCUUCAACGAGACACGUCAAUUCGUCAAGUUACUUGUUGAUGAAUGUCACGCACAGAAUUUUGAUGGUUUAGUAUUGGAAAUGGGAAUUUCUUCAAUACUUUUGAGAGAUUUAGUGCAAGAAUUGGGUGAAUCGUUGCAUCAACAGGCGAAGGAAUUGAUUUUGGUGGUAUCACCGAUAAGAAAAGGAGUUCCUCCUCCUUUGACCGCGGCACAGUUUGACGAUUUUAGUUUAUUUGUUGAUCGAUUUUCUGUUAUGGUUUAUGAUUAUUCAACGUCUAUGGGACACAGUCAAGGACCAAAUGCAGAUAUAAAUUGGGUGGAAGAUAACAUUCUUCACUUUACACCGACAUCACAUAACAGAGAUAAAUUACUACUAGGAUUAAAUUUGUAUGGCACCGAUUACUCGGGUUCAAAACAAUCCAACCCAAUUAUAGGAAAAGACAUUAUCAAAAUAUUAGAAAAGCAUAAACCAACAAAAUUUGUUUGGGAUGAAUUAUCGGCGGAACAUCAUUUCGAGUAUGUUAAGACUGGUGUGAAACAUGACGUCUGGUAUCCUACCUUGAAGUCGCUUGAACAAAGAAUACUAUUGGCCGAAGACUAUGGCACUGGAUUAUCAUUAUGGGAAGUUGGUCAGGGGUUAGAUUAUUUUUACGAAUUAUUUUGA